CUUCACCGGUCGAUGGAAGAGUCUGUGGACCCUGGGACCGAGACGCCUCCCAGCGCCGAUGCGGAGGCACCACGGUCACCAGCCGACGACUCCUCGUCCUCGCCGGUAAGCCCAUCUUUGGAGGCAGAACUGGUGGAGUGGCGGCGUAAGGUGCUGUCGCAGCGGGAGAACAUCGCCCAGAGUGAACGUGAGCGCGGGGAGCUGCGAGCAGAGGUUGAAAGGCUCCAGCAAAAGGUCGCAUCGCUAACAAGUGAGCGAGAUCGCCUCAGCCGCGGUGGUGCUGUGCAGGAUGCGGAGGAAAGAAACCAUGACUUGGAGGCAAAGCUGGAGACCUUGAAGCAACAGAGAGCCGAGAUCGAAUCUGGCUUGGCGCAGCAGGAGGCCCAGCUGGCCGAAGCACGCCGCUCCGCGGCCCAAGCGGCCGAGGAAGCGAACGUUGCAGCGAAGGAGCUUCAUGAAGAGGAAGCACGCUUGGAGAAGCAGAGACAAGCGUUGGCAGCUGCCCAGGCCGCUGCAGACGCGGCUCAAAGGCGUUUAGAAAGUAUGGUGUCCGUUGAGGACGUCCAGCGAUGUGAGAAAGAAACCAAAUCGUACCGUGAGGCCUUAGUGUCGGUGGACAAGGAAGCACGACAGCUGCGCUUGGCUCUGGCGGAUGCUUUGUCCAGCGGGACGGACCUCUCGAUGGCCAAGCACGAGUUGGAGGUGCUGAAGGAUGCGCAAGAAUCGGCCUCACAGAGAGUGAAGGCCUUGGAGUCGGUGAAUGAGCAGCUGGAAAAGCGGAUUGCACAGGUCGAGGCUGACAUAGCCGCCUUGCACAAGGGUACAGUGGACCUUCGAAGUGAGGAGGAUCUGAUGCGGGAGGUCAUCGUCUCGCAGAGUGAGCAGCUCUUGCGGAGGGUGGAGGACCUCACGGCCGAAGAGAAGUUGGCCGCCGAAGACCGGAGGCAACUGCUGGCCACUGCGGCACAACUGGGGGCUGAGGUGGAGAAGGCUGAGGCGCGCGUCGCCCGGCAGACGGAGUUGGAGGAUCAGUGCACACAGCUGGAUGCCGCUCAACAAACCUUGAGCGCCGAAGUUGAACGCCUGCGCCGCACGAACGAUGCCCUUUGUCAACAGGUUUUGGGUCCUGAUGGAGAGGGUCCUUUCGCUGGAGCCCUCCAACAGGUCUCAGUGUUGGACGGUGAAGAGGAUCAGUUGAUCCGAGACGAAAUUGGCAGACUUGUACGAGGCCAGCUGCUGCUCACUACCCAAGCAGGCAGUGUCAAGGGUGAUGCAGCGGCCUUGGCACUGCGGCUGCAACAGCUUUUGGCGGAGCGCGAGGAGGCCUUCUGGGUGGAGCGACAACGUCUCUCUGACCACAUCACUUCCUUGGAAAGGACGCACGGGACCGGUCGCUGCUUGGCGGUCACCGUCCGUCGGGACCGGCGGCCGCGGCGGUUCGGUCUGCGGACGUUGGCCGAGGCACCAGCAACCUGCUCCGCCACUACGAAUCGGCAGUGAGGGCAGGAACAGAGCCUGCCUCUGGUGCUGGCUUGGUCACUGGUGGCUUACGGCGAUUACGCCAAACAAUUGGCGCGUAGCUGCGCGUGAAUGAAUGCCGGCUCCAUGCCACCUGGAAGAGAGCAGUUUUCCUAUCCUCGAAGAGUUUCCAACCUAACGUAGCAGUUUUGAAGAAGAAUGCAUCAAUCGACUCUCAAAAGUGUAGUGUAGUCGUCAAGAUUCAGGCAUAAGACAGCUUGCCUGACUCAUUUCCAUCUCACUCAAAGACCAUUCAAAGCUUUUGAGUGAACAGCGAGAAAACUCACCACUUGACACAAUUCAACACGCUUUCAAGUUUCCAAGCGAUGUGGUGAGCAAGUUUGCUUUGGAAUCAUUAAGACAUUCGAACGGUCGUUUUCAUCGCCUCGGAGAAGCUGCAGCUCGGUUUUUGGGUGUCAGCUGUGGGUGUCUUCGUAUUUGAGAAGAGUGUCUACCAAUUUUUCGGACGUGGCGUGAAGAAAUUGGUAGGGCUUUCGUUUGAGAACGGAGACCAACACCAGGACGAAGUCUUCGUCCCGUGCUUCCGCUCUCGGCCGAACCCCGCGCAGCGUCGUUUCAACGGUCGUUUCACAGUGGGAUGUGGG